AUGGAAGAAAGCUAAAAAUAAUUAGAAGUAGUUUAGCAAUAAAACUCUGCGGGGUAAUUACAGGGAGAGCAGAUAAACUAGGAAGAAGAAAAAUAUGAUUUAGCUGAAAUAACAAUAUCAUAAGAAUGUCUUUAUCCUGUUCAGAUUAAUUGUGAUAAUGAGAUUUUAAAAUUUCUGCAAUCAGGGAUUUUGAAAGGCAUAGAGAACCCAAAGUUAAGAGAGAGAUUCAUAAAAUCGAUAACUUCAGAAAGAGUUUCAAAGGUUUUGAAGUUAUCAUUUUACUUUAUACUUGUGAGUAACUUUCCUGAAUGCAUUAGGUAUGAAGAAGAGCAAGAAAUAUCAUAAAGUUUGAAGAAAAAACUAAGCAAAAACUAUGUGAAAUUGUUUAGCACUUUACCUCAGCCAAAAGAUGAAAUAGUUAACUUGAUAAUAUUUUGUUUGGGAUAUAUAAAUCAUUAUUUAUUCUAUCAACUAUUCCCAAAAUAGAGGGAUCUAUUUGAUCUCCGUUUCGUUUUUAAUUGUUAUCACAUUAUGGUUUUUGAAUUUAAUGGUAUUUUUGUUAGCGAUUUCUUCAUUAGAAUGAACAUCGAUAAGAUUUUCUUCUAAAACAAGUUCCUUGACUAUGAACGUGUCAAUAAAAAGAAUUUGCUUUUGUAGUAGCAAGCUAAAAAUAAAUUAAAAAAUAAAACCUUCUUUGGUUUUUAGCUAAGCUUUCCUGAGAUCAAUACUUACGAUGGAUAGCAAUUCACAAGAUAAGUAUAGGAAAAGUUUAAGCCUUUAAAAAAAAAUGUUUUGAAUUUACAGGAAGACCAUUUAACAAAUCACAUCUCAAUCUAAGACAAAUAGGCAAAGAUAAAGAACUAGCUUAAAGAUAAAAGAAUAAAAUAGAUAGAGGAGUCUGAAUUGAAGAAAAUUAGCUAACUCCUUUCAAUAUAGUAGAAUGAAGGAGAUUAGGCUUUUUAAUCAUUACCUACUAGAUCUUAGAGAACUAUUUAGCUGAUGACUGUAAAAAUGCAUGCAGAUGCUAAUCCUGAGUAAAUAGAUGUAGAUCCUAACGCUUAAUAUAUUGAUGAUAUGAAAGGCUUAACACAACUUUAGAGAAAACUCUUAUUCAAUCAAUAAAUAGCAAAAAAAUUAGUGAAAGAAAAAGCUGAAGAAAUAUUUGAUAAAACAUAGCUUAAAGCUGAUGAAAAUAAUCAAAAAGAAGAAUAAAAUUAUUUUGCAAAUUUGCAAUUAAACUGUAACUAGAUUUCACCAACGAUUUCUGAUGUUUUAGCAUACGAUAAUAGGACGCUUCCUUAUGCCAAGAAGAAGAUGAUUCGUCAUGCUUUUGAAACUGUAAAUGAUAAGGAAGACAACUUAUUAAGCUAGCUCAAGUAGUUUAGCCAAAGUAGAAAACAAAAGAAAGAAACUAAAAACACUCAAAAAUCUCAUAAGUCAAUAAUUGAUCAUUUUGGUCUGCGCCCUCCUCCAAGAGAGUAUUAUCAAAAGCACCCUAAGCUAGAUAAAAUGUUCAAAGACAUGCUCGAUCUUAAUUAUGUUUUGAGAAUGAACUAGGAAAGCAUGUAUUAAUUACCGAGCUCACUUCAAAUGUAAAUUGAAUAGCAGAAUGAAUGGCAAAACUAAAUCAUUGAGUAAGAAUAAAAUUAUCAAAAGUAAAAUUAAAGACAAAAGGUGUAAGAAAAUCUCUAAUAAGUAAUUGAAAAUAAUUAGAAGUAUCAGCUUGAGAAAAGGCCAGGUUAUAGAAAAAAAUACAUAUAUACAAAACCUUUGCAGUACAUGAAAAGAAAUGAAAGCGAAAACCCAAUCACUAAAACCUAGGAAUUAUAGGAGUAGUAAAUGAAGAGUAUGAUUUUACAAAAGUCUUCAGUCAAUUUUAAAGGUAAUCCUAAUUCCAAAAUAAUAGAGCCAAUAUCAAACUUCUAAUCUUAGACAUAACUAAUACCUUUACAAACGUAAUAGUAGCUUUAAAUGUAAUAAUCAAUGCUAGCUUUAACAACAAAAACAUAGAAAUUAGACACUCCUGCAAACUAAAACUAGAAUUAAAUUCUAAUUUCUGAAAAAUCUUAAAGAAAUAUUUAAUUUUUACCUAACAUUGAAGCAUAACAAAGCUAAGAAGAUAAUUACAAAAUAGGAUUUAAUAAUGGUGGAAGUUAAAUGUCUUCUCCUAUUAAAUUGGCCAACUCUUAAACCUUAUUAAACUUUUAACAAAAAACUUUUGGAGAUGAUAGUAGUUUUCUAAAAUAAAAGAAAGGGAUUUAGUUGUAAAAGAGUAGUUUUGCUGAGAAUUCAUCAGCUAAUCACAGAACAAUAGAAUUUUAGAUACACGAAAUAGACAAUUCAAAAGGCAGGAAAGGCAACUAUUAUGAAGACGAAAGUGAAAGCAUGGAAUAAAAGAUCCUCAAAAAUAAAUAAAAUAAUGAUUUCUAUAAUGAUAAAAGAAGAGAGUAUAAAGAAAAAUACAAAGGUUUCAUAAAUAACAUGAGCACUGAUAACAACAUAGAUGACAUAUUACAAAAUAUUCUCCACAAAAGAAAUCAAUUUAACAAAAAUUUGAAAUCAAAAAUUAAAAAUCUUUGA